AUGGCAAACACGCAUCAUGACGAGUCCCAUGACUACUUUCACUACACUUCCGGAAGAUGGCUUUGGGGAGAGGAAGAACAACUUCGCGAACGCUAUCGCGCAUUCAAUGUCAAUGAACUUCAGAAGGUCGCUGUGGGCAUUGCCGGGUCCGAGAAGUGUGUCUCUAUGAGCAAAAUUGGCGAAGGAAAUUUCAACAAGGUUUUCCGCCUCCAGAUGGACAAUGGAUCGGUCUUGAUGGCACGCAUUCCUCAUCCCAACGCAGGCCCUCCCAAGUACACAACCACCUCAGAGGUUGCUACAAUGGACUUUGCAAAAUCAAUCCUUGACAUACCUGUACCAAAGAUUCGGGCCUACUGUGCUACAGCUGAUAACCCAGUUGGCUCAGAAUACAUCAUCGUGGAGGAAGCCCAAGGCAUACAACUGUCGAAGAUCUGGGAUACAAUGGAUUUGAAAGAUCAAUUGGGAAUUGUGACUGAGCUUGUCGCCAUUGACGAGAAGCUUCUUUCUGCAUCACUCAACAGAAAAGACAGCUUUCCUGGGUGCGAGACCGCAGAAAUCACCGGUAACAUUAUGGAUAGUUUCAAAGCAGAUGUCGCGAACAGAUUCGUCAUUGGUCCCACAGUCGACAGGGCAUUCUGGGAGAAACAAAGGGCAGCAAUGGCUGUUGAUCGUGGACCUUCCAUCGAAGGGAGUAGUGCAUCUGAAUAUGUGGAAGCAAUCGCACACCGCGAGAUCGCUUGGCUCAGUGACUAUGCUGAAUCUUUGCCGCCCUCUACGGAGAAAUGGAGCGCCUCCAAAGGCCAGAGCGACCCUCGGGCCCACAUUGACUUGCUCGGAAAGUAUCUUAGUGUCAUUGCUAAGUUACUUCCAAAAGAACCUGAACUACUUGCACCCUUCCUUUGGCACCGCGACCUACACCCUGGCAACCUGUUCGUCCAUGACGGAAAAAUCUCGAGCGUCAUUGAUUGGCAAUCUUGCUGGGUUGGUCCUCUCAUCCUCCGAGCAAGGGCACCACGACUUCUGGAUUACAAUGGCGACAUUAUGCUGAAGCUACCGCCAGAAUACGAGGAGAUGCCGGAAGACGAGCGAAGCUUAGUGGAGUAUAAGGUACAGCAGUCUGUCCAGGUAUAUAGUUACGAACAUAAAACUGCUGGUCGGAAUCCCCUUUUGAAUCAGGUGCUAAGAUAUCCUCAUGGAAAGAUGUUGAGCAAUGUUGUGGAAUUUGCCUCUGCGUCUUGGGACGGAGACGUCCUUCCUCUUCGUGACUGUUUGAUUCGAAUUGAGAGGUACGCAGCGCUAUUUACACUUUUGACAGUCAUGUCUGGGAACUGA